GAAGCUCUGUUCACCGCAACACAGGUCAAUUCGGAUGCGUGGCGCUGUCGCUGUCCUGUCACACACCCCCGGCUGUACACUUCGGUUGACACCCUGCAGCAGGGCCGCAGUCCGCAGCGGUGUCCCGCGAUCCCGGCCAUUACAUACCCGUACACCGUACCUACCUACACUGUAUCUGCCGGCCAGUGUCCGGUUUGCCCGCAAUCUGCCAUGACUUUAUCAUUAGACACGGCCGCCUCCCGGCCGUCUCCAGGUGCGGUCUCUCCUUCACCACGCAUGCCGUCGCGGUCGAGGACGCAGAGCAUAUCCAGCGACCGGCCGUCGACCGUCGCGCACAGCCUGAUGUCCCCUCCGCUGUCGGUGUCACCCGAGCCGGCCUUCAUUGCUGCGUCGGCCGCCUCGCAAAUCGUCACCAACGACCACGACAGCCAUGCGGAAACGUGGUACGACCAGCAUGGCAUCGAGCCGUCGGGCGAGACCGCUGCCGUGUCCCCCGGCGCGUUGCAGCUGGUCAACAAUUUCUUGGAUCAACUGCUCUUCAACUUUCUCUGCACGUCGCGCUCAACUGCCCUGUCCACCCUGCGACCGGCCGUGACCGAAGUCCUGAAGCCUAAGCUCGCCAAGGAUGCAAUCAACCAGGCGGACGAAGAGUUGCGGGAGUACCUGGGCGGAGACGACGAAGAGGGGCCGCAGACGGGCAAUUCCGGGGCGCCGACGGAUUGGGAUUUGGAGCUGGCCUGGAAGAGGACGCGCCUCCGUUGCAUGGUGUACUCGUCGCUGGGAGACAUGGAGGAAGAGGACGAGGACUACUACAUGGAGCAAGGGCAUCUCGAUGCCGGACCCGAUGGCCGCUUCUCCGAGACCGUCUCUCCUGCUGUCGCCAUCUUCUUGACGUCCAUCCUGGAAUUCAUGGGCGAGCAGGCGCUGAUUGUCGCGGGUCAAGCAGCGUACCACCGCAUGCGCCUGAAGUACGAGAAGGACCUCAAGGAUGGCGCGCGGAGCCCCACCGGCGUCGCCGACAGGAUUGUCGUCGAGGAGCUUGACAUGGAGCGCGUUGCGCUUGACCGGACGUUUGGCCGCCUGUGGAGAUCGUGGAAGAAGAAGAUCCGGUCGCCCGGUGUUGGGGCCAUGGACCGCCUGGCGCGAUCCUUCUCCAGGGACUCGUUGCACUCGGCAGGCAGUCAUCUGCGCUCAACGAGCAGCGCUGCUGAGCUCGCCGUUCCGGCCACUGUUCCAGAACCCGAUGCGGAAACUGAGCAGGGGAAGAGCGAGGCUCAUAAUCAAGGGAAGGCGCCCGAUCAUGAUGCCGUGGAGGAGUAUCUGAUUGCUGCUGGUAUCCCCCUGCCACUGGGACCGAAUGACAUUGCGGAAAUCGAAGUGCCAGGCCUCGCGCACUACGCUGAUGAAGAGAAGGAGAAAGAGAGGAACCGCGCGGAAGAGGAGAGCAGGCGAAGCCGUCCAAAGAGCCUAAUAUUCCCGCCGUUUAGCACCACACCUGGCCAGCUCACGACGUCGACGACAUCUCCACCGCAAGCGCCCAGGAAACGCUCAAGUUCGCUGCCAGCGUCUACCCUUGCGCGUUAUGCCGUUGCUGAGGUAGCACAGCCGGACGAAGCCGGUACGGAGGCAUCCACGAUUGUCUCCCCGGCGGAGAGCCAGGCAGCGGCUGGCGCUCUCUCGACUGCCCAAGCAGAUGCAGCAGAUCCUAAUGAAGCGGACGUCACUGAGGAAGAUGACUUGAAAGAGGACGAAGACGACGAGAUAUCCAUUGAAGAGCCGCGGAUUGUAACGUCGGCCAGAGUCUCCAUUGUCGGCCGGACUCCGUCAAAUUCAUCCGUCGAACAAGGAAAACCCCCCAGCAUCAUCACCAACCUACCGGUCCGGACACCGAGCAUCCAUUCGGCUCGUCUGAUUGAGGUCACCAGCCCCCGGAGCCCGGCGCUCGGCUCGCGGCGCAACUCUGUGGCUGUGACCGAAUCGACCCGCCACUCGAGCUCAGCGCGCACCAGCCGCACAGUGACCCCUCCGGUUCCCGAGGACCGGCCAGGGCAGGCUCUGGAGAGCGUCUCAGGCGACAGGUUGACUGUUGUUGGCCAUGCCAAUAAGUCGGGGCUAGCGGCAAGCAUGUCCAUCUCGGAGAGCGAAGAAUCCGCCGAUAAAGAGUAUAGUGUGUCGCCUAUCACGCCUAUCACACCUCCCGCUCAGCCAGAAGAGGCCAGCCAACCAGCCGCUUCUGCGCCGGCUGCCCCUGAGCCAGUCGCCAAAAGACAGUAUGAUUCAGCCGAGACUACCUUCCAAAGCCGACCGUCGACCCCUGGGAGGGCCAUCACUACUAAAGUCACCGUCCUCCCGGGUACAUCAUCUCCAAUGUCGACGGCAUCAUCAACUAGCGGCACCUUCUUCAUCGAGUCGAUGCCGGUGCUGCGAGAAGAAAGACACGGGCAAGAAACGCCUCGCGGCGACAGCCAGCGGUCCCGGGCCUCUCCCGCUGCGCAUCCGCCCGCUGUCCCCGAACGGAGUUCCGGGAGGCAAACCCCUGCCAACACGUCGGCUUUGCGCCAGCCGGCACCAAUCGGCCAAGUGUCGGUGGAACGUUCUCGUGCUCGCAGCCCGUCGCAGGGCUCCUUGUCGCGACCCGGCGAAGCAUCUGUAGGGCACUCCAGACAGCAGCAGUCUUCCGGUUCGCCUUCAUCGGCAAAGCUGAAGGCUGUACGGACCUCUGAGGAAACCAUGCAGUCCCGUAUUGAUGUGGUGCGGGAUUUUGAGGAGCUCAUACAGAGCGACCAGACGAUACAGUACACGCUGACGCCCGAGAGUAUGCGGGAUAUGGACGGACGGUCAAUCACUGCUGGCAGCCCAGUGGUCUCGGUGAAGACGCGGAAGAGCGAAGAGGCGCGCCGCAACAGAUCCCGCUCCCGUUCAUCGUCGGUUCCCCGGAACGAUGCGAGAGCGCCGGCGCCGGGCCCGGUACCACGCUCGUCUGGUUCAGGAUCGCAUUCUGUCACCGACGGGCAUUAUACGAACAAGAACUUCCCCACGGCCACGGGCAAACACGGCGGGGUUGUUCCGCGGUCUAUCCCCCCGAUGCCGUCUAAACCGCGCUCCAGUAGCGGGCCCCAAGCCAGAGACGCAAGGUUGCCGCGCGAAUCCUUGGCUGAAUUUGCUGAGUUUAUCCGUUCGACCGGUCCUGCCGGGGCCGGGGCCAGCGCAGCUUCCAUCAGUUCAUCCUCGCGCCCAGCGAGAGCACGGAACCCGGGCUCCGUAUCGAACAUCAGCAUCGAGACGGGCCGGGUGUCUACGACCAGCAACCCCAACCGGCUGAAACUCCAGGCUCGCGGGGCCACCGUUGAUCACAAGGACGACAAUUCCGACUUGAUCGAUUUCAUCCGACGCGGCCCGCCAGCCCCCGCGGGCAACCACCGUAUCCCACGAACCGUCGCUCCUUUCCGGAGCACCAUGGAUUCGGAUCAGAUGGCGGCCGCAGUCGGAGGCAAAGCCGUCGACGCCCAACUGCGCGACGUUGACAUGCGGAGCAGCCAAACCUCCAACAGUGCCACCGAGUCCUCAGUGCCGCCGUCCAUCCAGUCGUCCAUCAACUCCCGCCGUCCUCUGCUGGCACAAAACCAGCCCAUGUCCUACAGCACCACGGACACUAGUGAUGACAUGCCGAUCCCGAAGCGCAAGACCCGCCGUGUCCGUGACCCGUAUGCCAUCGACCUAAGCGAUGAGGAGGAGAUGGAAAACGAGCUCAUGGAGGAGGAUCUGGCACCACCGCCCGGAAGAAAGAUGCAAACACAGGAUGAAAGCCUCAUCGACUUCCUGAACAACUACGCGCCCCCGCCAGAGCCGACGGUGCAGCCAUUCAACAUCCCACAGACGCGGAACACGUUAAAGCCCAAGAAGAAAGCCAGUGCGCCGAGCCUGAUGGCCAGGUUCACCAGACGGGACAGCGGACAGUCGGGCAACGCAGCGGCGUCCAAUCCUGCUGCCCGCCCCGUCACGUCGCAGAUGCCUGCCCAGGCUCCGAGGAGCGUGAGCAGCCGGGCCGGCGGCGCCGGGAAAGGGGGUCACGUCCCCAUUCAAGUCAACAUCCCCGGAGGCGUCAACGGGUAUGUCCCGCCCGUGCGGACGUCUUCCAGGCCCGCCGCCGACGGCCUCGGCCCGCCCCUCGGCAUGGGCGGCGGCGGGCACCCCCGGGGGCCGAUGAAGAAGUUUGAGCCGCGCGAGGCCGUGUCCGGCGCAAAUCGGGCCACUUCUGAUCUGGCGGACUUCUUCAAACACUCCGGCCCGCCCCCCGGCAUGUCUCCUCCGGUGGCGAACCAGUUCUCGAGACCCGCAGAGCGGGCCGAGCCAACAAACGGCUUCUCAAGGGUGUUCCCCAGGAGGAAGAAGCCGAGCAUUUCUUAGGGCCGGAUCUUCUUGGCUACCUACCCACCCAACCCCCCAACCCCCCCCCCCCCCCACCGCACGACCUACCUACCUGACUUUUGGAUAGCGUGGUGGGAGAUUUCUGCUUCAAUAUUCUUGUAUACACGCCUUGCACUGUAUGGUUUUGAGGUUUCUUUCGGUAGUUUUCUUUCUUUUUGGGAGGCAGGCGCCCGCUACAUAUUAUUUACUCCGUGAUGGAGGUGCGAGGGGGUGACUCGGAACUUUUUUAUUUCAGGAUGGCGGUUUUUUUGGAUCAUCAAAAUCUUGCACGAUUAUUAGGUAGGUAGGUAUCCUGCCUAGGUACGGAAUAGUAUAUUCAGAGAUCUUCCAUCAUGCCAUUCAAAGUUUUAUGAUCUCUGCUUACUAA